ACUCAUCCUCCCCUAGAUCUCAAAACACUCUCUCCUUCCAUCACUCCGGCCACCGAAUACCAAUGCUCCGACAACCGUCUAUAGUUGCCCAAAACCUAAAACCUUCCUCAAAACAAUCACAUCAUCACGCUAAACCUGAAUAUAACCUCCAAACCAUGUGAAUAUGAGCCAAACGCCGUAGAUCUACCCCCAAAGGUUCGGGUUUUACCUUUUGACAGUUGGUUUUUCGACAACGAUCUACUUCCCUUGGAAGCAGCAAAACAGAAAGUCUUUCGAAAGGAUAACAGAACUAUGCUAACUAGGAAAGGCUUGUUUAAAGAUACUUUGAGAAAAGCUGCUCAUGCAUGGAAGCGGAUAAUUAACCUUCCUCUCUCGGAGGAAGAAGCCAAUAUGUUAAGGUCUUAUGUGGAUCAGUCUACUUUCACAGAUCUGCACUGGGAUCAAGAAAUAGCUGCCGCAAAGGAUCUAGAUGCAGCUUCUUUCAAAAUGCUGGAUGAAUUUCAACUGUGUGAAAUAACUGAAUUAAAACCAGAUUGCAGAUCUGUUUCUCACAUAUGCCAUGCAGCUGAUUCAGAAAUGACUGUGAAACCUGAAGAAACUGUUAUGGGGGUGAAGAAAAGGAAGGAGGCAUACCCCUAGUACCGGAACAGAGCAAAGACGAGGAGGCGAGAAAGGUUGAAGAUCGUCGUAUAAUGGAAGUUUACAUGACUGAGAAAGAAGUCCAUAAAAUUGAAGGGCUAGAAGAAAUUGAAUUUGUGGAGACAAUGCGUGGGGAACAUCGUUUUAUAUGGUCGGACUCGGAGCCAGAAGAUGAAGAUGGAUAUACUGUGUUAAACAUCUUUGGAGCCACCUGGUCCAAAGCUGCUUAUACUUGUGGUGGCUUACGCAUAAAUUUUAUAUAUUUAUGGGUAUUUGAUCACUAUAUCCAUGAAUUUGGCUGGUUGUUUAGCAGGUUUCAAUGAUAUUGUUAAUCCUAAGCGGAUUUUAUAUAUUUUGAUCCUAGAA